GUUCUGGAUCUCCACCAUCUUAUGGUUGCUGCAGCCAAGCCUAACCCCAACCUUUACAUCCUCAACCAGUUCUUGUCUAUGUUCCUUGAAAGAAAUGGAAUGAUAAGAAGCCAAAGAGGAGAGGAGAACAUCGAGAAAAAAGAUUCUCCUGUUUCAUGUACUACCCGCUGGAUUAUUGCAGUGAUUCUAGGGAUCAUCUUCUUGGCAUUGCUGGGAACAACAGUGGGUUUUAUUAUCAAGGGCUAUGACUAUGAAUGGGAAGAGAGAUGUAUGAUUUUUUUUGCAGGCUGUCUAUGUCCACGCUGCCCUGAGCAGUGGGUAGCCUACAGAGGGAGCUGCUACUCCUUCUCCACGGAGAAGAAGGACUGGAAUUCCAGCCGGGAAUCCUGCAGGGCACAGGGAGCUCAUCUCCUGGUCAUCAGCGAUACCGGCGAAAAGGACUUGUUCCAGACGAUGCACACUGAAUUCCACUGGAUUGGUUUGCAGAAUAGCACUGGUGGUGACUGGGCCUGGGAAGAUGGCUCAAAACUGGAUGGCAAACAGGUCCAGUCCAACAGCCCUGUGCAGAACUGCGCCGUUCUGAUGGCAGAUGCCAUCCGUGCUUCCAGCUGCGAAGUCCCUGCCCCAUGGAUCUGUGAGAAAUCUCUUCAGUGA